CAGAGUCCCUCCAUGAAAUAAGAUGGGGAACCAGGACGAACAGUUCUGUCUCAAAUGGAAUGAUUUCCAACAAUGUAUAAAAUCCACGUUUCAGGAUUUACGAGAGGAAUCUGAUUUCAUGGACGUAACCCUAUCCUGUGAUGGGCAACAGAUAAAAGCACACAAGGUGAUACUGUCAGCUUGUUCAUUAACCUUCAAGAAUCUACUCAAACAAAACCCUUCACAAAAUCCAGUCAUUUUACUAUGGGACGUGAGCCCCCGAGAUCUGAGUUCUAUCCUCGACUUUAUGUACAACGGGGAGGUGAACGUGAAACAAGAACAUUUAAACUCAUUCUUAUCUGUGGCGGAGAAACUGCGCGUGCGCGGACUCUGUCAGAACAACGGCAAGGACACAAACAAACCCAAAGACAACAAAACAAAAGUGCGCGCCGCCGAACCGAGUGAAACGCCGGCCAAACGGCCAAAGUUCGAUCAAAUAGACGAUGACGAGAUAGAAGAAAUCAAACCGACCGAACCGCCGACGGUUAAGCAAGAGCGGUUGGAAACAGUGACACCUGGAUUCAGCGCGGCUGUGCCGCCGCAGUCGGUUCAGGUGGUCGGGGAGGCGUUUACGGAGGAGUUUGCUGAGACGGAGGACUAUGGAGAGUACUACGAGGACGGAAACUAUGGCGUGGACCCGGUGGAUCAGGGACAAGCAGGAAAAGAAAAUACAAUUCUACUGGACGGCGAACAACUUUACGAAUGCGAACAUUGUGGAAAGGUUUAUCCACCAAAUAGAAAAUCUAAUUGGAAAAGACACGUACAAACUGUUCACACAGAGGAUGAAAGAUUACCCUGCUAUUUAUGCAAAAAGGUUUUCAAAAAUAAAGUGUCAUUAUCUGUUCAUAUGUCAAACGCCCAUACGAGUCGUGGAGAGUUUUUGACGUACAAUCCUGAUGGGGUCAUAGAGAACAGUUAGUUUGUGUACAUACUUGUACACAAAGCCAGUACACUCUACAGAUCUUACUAGCAACAAAUAUUGUCUUGUUAUUUAUUAGUUAAAGUAUUAGUCAUAUUUACCUUAACAAUAUCAAACUAUUUCAGCGACCUUAAAUGUGUACAUAAUGUGUACAGAAGCCAGAACUUUAAUGUGGGAAUUAAGCAUUAAUUUUCACUUUUAAAAGUGCCCACAUUUGAUAUCGAAAUCAAGCGUGGUGAUCAAGAUUAUCCAUAUCCACACAAUAGUUCCGAUCUCUGUACAUACAAAGUCUUGUAUUGUACAAUCUACAUACAAUGCACAGUGCAGUAAUGUACACUGUACAUGAAUAACCUGUUUGAAAGUUCAAUUUUAAAAAUAAAGUAUCUUGUCAAGAAAGA